AUGAAUUACCACGGAACCCUGCUAUCGCCGUCGGCAUGGCCUGUAUUUUCUCGCUUUCGUCUGUACUUUGUGUCUGUGUGUGCGACCGUUGCCAUUGCUGCCGUUCCCGUGCAUGCUGCGGAAGCAGUAGACCGGAUGAACGGCAUCGGCAUGCCAAUUCUUUUUUUGGUUAUGCUUCUCUGCAUUUUGAUGAAGUCACGUCGGAUUUUGAGAGCUGCCUUUACCGUCUCGUGUGCUGAUACAGCAACAUGCAUCUGUUUUUUUGCUUCCCUUAUCAAUAUGUUGCUUUCAGUUUUUCUUUUCUUUACCACCGCAUUCAAUUACGGUCUUGUAUCAACGGUUUUGGCCUACUGCAUGGUUUUUGUGGCGACUUCUGGUCCUUUAGAAUUGCACGCGAGGUGGUUUCUUUCCCUAUACAUGGUGUGGUUUCUUCUUCUUGUAGGCUUUCCGACGGGUUGGGGAAGAGGCAUUAUCGGUGCCACCAACAGCGAUGAUUGCGUGGCGUUCUACAGCACCUAUGCUUCAACAAUGUGUGCCGAUGGUUGGUUGACAUUUGUGAAGAUUCUUGCGUGUCUCAAUAUUAGUAUUACAAUGCUUUCGUUAAUGCUACUUAUUGCGGUUGUGUUGGGCGUCGAGGAGGAAUUACUUACGUUUGGGUUGAAUGAUAUAUAUCGUGGGCGAAAUGCAUUGGAGACGGGGUUAGCUAGGGAGCAGGCACCGCCGGCCUCAUAUCAUCGCAUCUGA